AUGGCAUGUCAGGCGUUCAGCGCAGACUCUUUCACCCCACUGGCAGGAGAUUCUGCUUUGCCAAUCCUCAUGCACCACGCCUCUACCAGUGAUUGCCUGCCAACCACCUCCCAUGCACACACCAUGGUUUCUGCAGUAUCAUCUGGGCUGUCCCUGGGUCAGACCUCCAAGCGCUCCCACAUGCACCUGUCCACCUCCUCCCUCAGCAACGCUCUUGGCAACGGCCCCCCGAGCCUACAUUACCCAGUCACCCCCUGUCACUACAGCAACCAGCAGGCCACCUAUGGCAUGAUGGCAGCUCAGGAGAUGCUCUCUGCCAGCAUUUCUCAGACUCGUAUCCUGCAGACCUGUGGUGUCCCUCACCCUAACAUGGUGAGCGGUGCAAACCCAUUGCAAGGGUCUCUUACUCCUUGCUUGUACAAGUUUCCCGAUCAUGGUCUAAGUAGUGGUUCUUGUGCAUUAAGCCACGGUUUCUCUUCGCUGCCCUCGGCCCUCCUUUCGACUGAUGAGGCCCCUGGGGGUCCCGGUGUUGCAGAGAUGAAAACUGAUGCCCAGAGAAAGAGCAUGCGAGACCCAGAAGAUGCUCCUGCCAUGGACUCCCCACAAAUACGAGAGCUGGAGAUGUUCGCCAAUGACUUCAAAAUACGGAGGAUCAAACUUGGCUACACCCAGACUAAUGUAGGCGAGGCUCUUGCUGCAGUGCAUGGCUCUGAGUUCAGCCAGACCACGAUCUGCCGCUUUGAAAAUUUGCAGCUGAGCUUUAAGAACGCCUGCAAACUCAAGGCCAUUCUGGCAAAAUGGCUGAACGAAGCUGAGCUGGCCGGUGCCUUGUACAACGAUAAAAUAGGAAUGAAUGAGCGAAAGCGAAAAAGAAGAACAACUAUCAGCCUGGGAGCUAAAGAGGCUCUGGAGCGCAGUUUUGUGGAGAAAAGUAAGCCAUCAUCUCAGGAAAUAGCCCGGAUAGCCAAAGGCCUCCAUCUGGAGAAGGAGGUGGUCAGAGUCUGGUUCUGCAACCGACGCCAAAGGGAGAAACGGGUUAAAACAAGCCUCAACCUCAGCUCCUGUUUGACCAAAAUCAGUCCAAACUGCAUAGCACAGAUGAGUAAAGCACAAAGACCAAUGACGUAA